AUGUUCGCCUGGUACCAAAGAAGUCUCAUCCAACGACCCUACCUAACGCAGGGUCUGACUACAGCUGUACGCAACCUGUCCCUAAUUCCACUACCCCUCUACCCGUGUCUCUGGACCCAGCAAUCCUCAAAGCUAAACCAACCGCAGGCCCUCUUCGCCCUAGGCGACGGCCUCGCGCAAACCGUCAUCGAGAAACGUCCCCUCGCCGAGUAUGAUGUAAUGCGCAGCAGCCGGAUGGCGCUAUACGGCGGCGCCGUCUUCGGCCCCGUGGCCACAAAAUGGUACCAACUCCUGCAAGCCCGCGUAGCCUUCCGCUCGGCAGGCCCGACGCUGGUCGCCCGCGUCGGCGCGGACCAGCUCCUCUUCGCGCCGACGAUGAUCGGCGUGUUCCUGAGCAGCAUGUCGCUCCUCGAGGGGAAAAGCCCGGCCGAGAAGCUGCAGCGAAGCUACUGGGACGCGCUUUGCGCGAACUGGACCGUGUGGCCCGCUGUGCAGGCGGUGAAUCUGUUCCUGGUGCCCCUGCCGUUUCGGGUGUUGGUGGUCAAUGUGGUUAAUGUUGGAUGGAAUUGUUUUAUGAGUUUGAUCAAUAAUGCCCCGCGCGGGGAGGAGCAGCCUAUUGGGGCUUGA